CAGGGACCCGAUAGUACAGAAAGCACUAUAUUUAGUCGGGUUUAAUGUUGUCUUUUUCAUUUUAGGGACUCUAUCUUAACAUGAAGACCGCAAUUAUCUGCCUUUUGGUGCUAUCUAUCACCAUAGCCUCAGCUGUGGAUCUAAAAAGUGUCCUUUUAAAUAAGCGUGCGACUGCGUCCUGUCCAUCAAGUCAUGGAAUGGUGGGAAUCUGUCUUUGGGACCCAAAUGUGAAUUGCAUGAGCAAUCUGGAUUGUACAGGCGGUAUGUUGUGCUGUCCUCACGGCUGCGGGAGCAUUUGCAUGAAACCAGUACACUGAUGUAUAUAAAGUUUUAUGUUAAUAAAGAUUAAACCAUCCUUUA